UUUUAUCCACACGAAAGCACGAUUAACUUAAGAGUUUAACGCUCUUGUGAGGUGUCAUAAGCGCUAAGUGGAUCCUCUUCAGCAAGAGUAGUAAUCAGUUGUUGUGCCCUGUCCGUGAUAAACAUUUGGUUAAGUAUUUGGCGCAAUUGUUACGAGUAGAUAUCAACUAGACGAGUUUACCAGACGCGGGCGAGAAAAUGUAAAACGGGUGGUAUUCCGUUUAUAUGAACUCAAUAAGCGUGGUAUCGUCAUUCGGCGCCCCAACACACUGCAGUAGCACAGCUUUACCCUGUAUGAUAGUAGGAUUGGAUCGGAUCGCUCGAGACCCUGAUCGUAACAAGACCUAAACAGCGAGGGAAAACCCUGGAUUCGCGGCUUACGGGGGAUCGUUCGCCUAUUUACAGCGCUGAAGAGCCAUGAGACUUCUUGUUAUUUCAUUCUGUUGGAUAUUUGUUUACACCGCUCAAGGUUGGCCCAGUCACGGAGCACAGACAGAUAUCCUAAGACCCAACAACCCUUCAAAAUCAGACAGCUAUAAGGAGAUCUUAUACCGUAAAUAUACAAGGAAGACUAGAAGCGUGCGUCCCCGCAAGAAAUACCGCUACAACCUGCGUAAACACGAAAUCCGCGACGCCAGGGAUCGCAAUGCCCUCUGCCUAGAUGGUUCACCCGCCGUGUUCUACCUCAGUCGUAAUCCAUACUCCAAGGACUGGGUCAUUCAGCUGCAGGCGGGAGGCUCGUGUGGGGACCAUAAGACGUGUCACGAGCGAGCCAAGGGCUCAUUUGGUUCCUCCAAGGAUUACGAACUUUACAUGACAGGUUCAUUCCUCUCAUCCGAUAAUCCUAACGAGAACCCAACAUUUGCUUCUUGGAAUAAAGUUCUUGUACCUUAUUGUAGUGGUGAUGUAUUUGUUGGUCGGAAGACGAAAGAGACGCAUCCCUAUGGGUUACAAAUGCUGGGUCACUUUAUCGUGAAAGCUGUCGUACAGCAACUUAUGGACGACUACAAGAUCAACACCACGGGAACACUGAUUCUGUUCGGUGGAGCGUCCGCGGGGGGCCUGGGCAUGCUUGCCAAUGUGGACUUUGUACAGCAAAUGGUUCUACCAGCAAAGGUUCGUGGUUUUAAUGACGGAGGGUGGUUCACUCUUUUUCCUAAUUUCGGGGAAGAAAAUAAAUUGGAUUUGCCGUACUUCUUUUCCACGCUUGGAGUGAUGUUUUCUGAUUUAUGGGACGGUUUCGUGGACGAGACGUGCCGAGCAGAGAUGCCAAAAGCCGCCGGCUGUCUUUAUGGAGAAUUAGUAUUCAAGUACUUAAGCACGCCCAUUUACGUGAUGGUUGCGCAAUGGGAUUCGUAUCAGCUACAGGAGCUCGUUCCUUCUCAGUUUCCCAAAGUACGGCUCCCCCCGGAACUACCGAGUGAAGCAGCGUACUUGGCCAAGUUUGGCAAUAACACACAUCGAUCGCUUCGAAGGUUAAUCAUGAGUAAGAUGUCGGGGGUGUUUUCGCCUGCGUGUUUCAUGCACACAUUUUCUGGUGAAGCAGAGAUUCUCUCAGUCACGUCCAAGUACAACAUCCAAGGUAAAACCGCUUACAAGGCAUUCUCCGAGUGGCACGUUAGUGGUGGUGCGCAUGGUACAUACGUAGAACGACCGCUGGAUACGCCGUUCUGUAACCCAUCAUGCUGUUCGAGCCUAUGCACGAAGUGUCGCGAGCAGGAGCCGACGAAGACUGCCAGACACGCGGUGGCUUAUGACCCGCGCACAGGCAAUGGUUCGGGCGCGUCUCCGUGUAGGGGAGGGAUGUGGCUGGUUGUGUCGGCGUGUCUCUUGCAUAUAUUCACUCGAUGGAGGAUAUCACCCUGAAGCAUCUUUCUCUCAUUCGUAAUAUGCAAUUCCAACGGAGCACGAGGACUAUCAGAGGGAUGGUUACCACCUUCUCUAGAACUGCUCGGGCUCCCUGUGGUGUCAACCAAGCCCUCUGAAAUGCGGCCCAGGGCUUCCUGUGUCUAUGAAGCCCCAGCGGCUCGGGCCUCCUCUGAUAUCUAGCCCAGAGCUCGUGUGACUCAAUGGGAUUCCUGUGGAUUCAGCGCCUUCUUUCUUUGGCGGCGAUUGGGAGCGCCCAAACAAAGACCGCUGGACCUCUGUGCGUGCAAACGUAUUUAAAAAAUAUCGAGGACUCGCAACUUUGUUCGUUUUUUAACGGAACUGACCAAUGUCGGGAAACACGAAUGUUCACGGAGUAAAUCGCGUCUUUCCCACUGCAACAAGCGGGCGUUCCAAGUAGCCGAGGGACCGAAAAAACGUGCAAAUCAACCAACAAUUUGCAUUAAAAUUAAACGAACACUGGACCGAAUUCUAAGAUUUCUGGAAUUAUAAAACAAAAUGCGGAAGACGUUCUGAGUGAGCAUCGACCAGUCACCAAAUAUGCCCCGAGCAGACCACGACUGAAUUGUCAAGGAAAGUGAGAUCUCUGAACGCUUCCUUGAAGCCAACGUUGUAAAUACAAAUAAACCAACAUGAAAUUCGCUCAAAUAGAGUAUAUUUUGAAUGGUGGAAUGUAAAGUUCUGUAUAUAGGAUAUUAAAAAAUCAAAGUUUA